AUGAUAGCAGCUGCUCUUCUUCUGGCCGCAGUGGCCCCUGUUCUGGCAGCACCUAACACCGACGCUGUGUCCGUUUGCCAACACCUACACACGGUUUACCCCCAAUACACCGUCUGGGACCCCACAGGCACCUACGCAACUGAGACAUUCUGGAACCAGUCCUACUACAGCAAUGCAGUCAAGGAGUACUGGAACGGUGUGAACGCUGACAACCGUCCAGCCUGCGCCUUCUUCCCUGCAACUGCGCAACAGGUCUCCGUUGCAGUUCAGCAGCUGAACAAAUAUCCCACAGCACCUUUUGCACUUAAAGCAGGUGGACACAACUUCAAUGUGGGAUUUUCCAGUACUAAUGGGGGCGUUCUUAUCUCGUUCAACGAGAAUAUGUCCUCAACCACCCGCAACUCGGACGGUCUGAGCUUCGACAUCGGCCCGGGAGCACGUUGGGGUGAUGUCUACGCCGUCACGCAGAAGACAAACCAAGUCGUGGUAGGUGGCCGAUUGGCCAAUAUCGGCGUGGCAGGGCUCACGACUGGAGGAGGACUGUCAUACUACUCAGCUCAAUAUGGUCUAGCAUGCGACAACGUCGUCAACUUCGAAGUAGUCCUAGGCAAUGGCACCAUAACCAACGCAAACAGCACCUCCAACCCAGAUCUCUGGUGGGCCUUGCGCGGCGGUGGCAACCGCUUUGGCAUCGUCACCAAGUUCACACUCAAGGCCCAUCCACUCGGCGACAACGGCCAAGUCUGGGGUGGCAUUCGCUCGUAUACUGCCGACAAACGCGAGCAAAUAUUUGAAGCGCUGUCCAACUUCACCAGCGAAUACCCAGACGCCAAAGCCGCCAUCAUCCCGACCUUCGACUUUGGCCUGCCCGGAGCCCUGGUCUCCAACCCCGGUAUUUUCUUCUUCUACGACGGGGCCAAGCCCAGCGCCAACGCCUUUGCCGGACUGGAAGAUAUUGAAUCCUUCAUUGACUCUACUAAAACCACAACCUACACCGAUCUAACGAACGCAGUAGGCGGAGCCAAGAUCUACGGCAUCAACGCCGCCAUCCACGUUAAUACCUUCCCCAACAUGCCGUCCCAGCAGAUGACCCAGCUGUUUGAGACCCAUUGGACCACGUACCAGUCUAUGAUAAAGAAUGAUUCCUCCCGGAACUUGGACUUUCAGCUCGGUACCUUUACCCCGCAGCCGCUGUCAGUGCGUAUUGCUCGUGCUUCUCAGAACGCUGGUGGUAAUGCUCUCGGUUUGGACCCUGCGUACGGUGAUCGUGUCUGGGUCGAGAAUGAUUUGAUCUGGGUCAACCCGGUUUGCAAUGAUGCUUGUCCUGAGUACUUGCGCGAGGUUGCGGAUACUGUAAAGGAGGCGUUUAAUAACACGCUACUGGGCACUAAGCCGACGCACUAUCAGUCGGGUGAUGUUGAUUGGAUCUCAUCCAAUCCCCUAUUUAUGAACGAUGCCGCCGACUACCAGGAUGUGUAUGGCAGUUAUGGACCUACGAACAAGGCGAAAUUGGCGAGCAUCGCUAAGGCAUAUGAUCCAACGGGAUUUAUGUUCCGUCAGGGCGGAUGGUCGUUCUGA